AUGGCUAAUAAAGGCCUAGUACCCAAUAGUACGAAUGAGCUCAAACGACAGAAAUAUAGGUCAUACUCUCCUACAAUGCUGACGAAUGCCUAUGUUGAUGUAAUUGAUAAAAAGCUGAAUGUGUCUAAGGCAGCCAAGAAGUAUUGUGUUCCUAUCCAGACAUUAAGAGAUCGUGUAUUAGGCCACAUUUCUAUUGAUAAUGUAAAGUCUGGACCACCACCAGUUUUUGACUGUGAGCAGGAGGCUCGACUGGCUGAGCACAUCAAAGACAUGGCAUCAUUAGGAUAUACCUACACCAGGGCUGAAAUGAUAAAUCUGGGAAGCGAGUAUGCUGUUCAUUUAGGCAUAAAGACAAAAGAUGAUAAGCAGCUGUCAGCGAAAUGGUUCUACAACUUCAUGACUAGGUGGCCCGAACUAAAGAUAUGGAAACCAAAAACCAUCUCAGAACAAAUAGCAAAGGCAACAUCAAGAGUAUCAAUAAACAGGUAUUUUGAUGAGCUUGGUAAAAUUAUGGACAAGUAUAAUCUUAAAGACAAACCAGAGUGCAUAUACAAUGUUGAUGAGAAGGUUUUACAAUCAAAUUAUAAACCACCAAAUGCUGCUUCAGAAGAAUCUGUAUCAUCAGAAAAAGUACAAACGGCUACUAUAAUAGGCUGUGGCAAUGCCAUAGGACAGCAAAUCCCACCUUAUUUUAUUUUCGCUGGUAAGCGUAUGAGACAGGAAUUACUAAAAGGAGCCACACCGGGUGCAGAUGGUGCCAUGAGUGAAACAGGAUGGUCAAAUUCUGAUGUAUUUCAGUCAUACCUUGAAAAUCAUUUUAUUAAAUAUGUCACUGGUUUGCGGGGCAAACACAUUCUUCUUCUGUAUGAUGGCCAUAAAACUCACAUUACACCGGAUAUCAUUGAUUGGGCAGAUGAGAAAAAAGUCAUCUUGUAUGUCCUGCCUCCUCACACCAGUCAUGGUCUACAGCCUAUGGAUGUUGGUUGCUUUGGACCAUUUGCAAGAAUUUAUAUUGCAGAAUGUAACAAAUUCCAACGCUCUCAUUCAGCUGUAAUUAACAGAAACAAUAUGUGCUCCAUAGCUUGCAAGUCAUACAGUUCUGCACUCUGUCCUUCUAAUCUGCAAUCUGCCUUUCGAAAGUCUGGUAUUUAUCCAUUAGACAGAGAAGCCAUAGACCAAACCUUGUUUACCAUCUCCGAUACUAUUCAAAAACAGGACCAAUCUGAAGAGAACUGCAAAGAUGAAGAAAUCCAUGUCACAAAUGAUGAAUCAACUGAACCAGUUAAGAUGGAAGAUAUUAAUUCUGAACCAAUAAACCAGGAAGAUGAUAACAUUCAGAUCUCCUUUGCUGAAGGAAUUCCAGAAGAUACAAAACUUUCAAAGAAAAAAUUACAAAAAAAGCAAAGACAAAAUAAAGCAACAAAACGAUUGAAUAAAAAAAAGGUAAUAUUCUAAAUAAAGGGAUUAAACCAAAAUCAAAUAAUAGGCCAGAUUCACAGCAACCAGUGCCAUCAGGAAUGCCCAAAGUGGUUCCCUUUGAUGAUUCUUCUGAAAAUCGUGUUGAUAUUGCAAGAUGUGACAAAGGAGCUACAAGAAUGUAUCUCCAUUAUAUUCACGUAACUGGGCCAAAUGUGAAUCUAAAUAUUGCACUCGUUGGACAUAUCUGAUUUGAUCUUUUUUACGCUUCUAGUCACCUGAUACGACUAUUCAUAAAAUAAUUCUUCAUCAUUUAUAAUUGAAAAGUUCAUUUCCUGCUCCUGUUAUUUUGGAUUUAGAGGUUCGUUGGGAUUGUUAACACUUGGGUUUUAUAUUGAAGUUAUUUUGAUUUAAUGGUGCCAGUUAAUUAUUAGCAGUUGGAAAAUUGAGUUGUGAACAUUUUUUUUAUAUAAAUUUGAGUAAAGGUUAAAA